CAUGUAGGAACCACCCUACCGGGAAGAAGAAACUCCCCCACCCUAUAAUGGCAUUGCCAACACCUCAUAUUCAGAAAAAACCUUUCACUAUUAUUCUUUGCAUUGUGAACUUGUGAUGAAGGUCAAUGCCAGCUCCGGAGAAUCCCUGAUGACCUACUUAGCAGAUUCGAUGCCGUGGUUCUCACGGCUUUCUUACUUGUCAAGAAAACCCCACCUCAAAUUGGAAGCACAACGGUCGCUCACUUUAUUUUCAUCUAUUUAGCUCUUGAAGCUAUCUUAUUUUUCUUUUGGUAGAAUUGAAUUGUCUUUUUUUUUCGGUAUAAUUGAAGCUAUCUUAUUCAUAGAGCCCAAAGAUCGAGCAGGUGGUGCUCAUUUAAUUCAAACUAAAUACCCAGUAGAGCAGGAGUUAUGGUCCUUCCUCUCCUGAAGCUCGAAACCCUCGCCUUGAAGACACUAUGUAAACCCAUCGCUAAUAGGCUCAAGAAAGAGGCUGGAUUGCAUCCCAGGUUCCGCCAGUUGAUUAUCAAUUUUGCCCAGGCAAAUCAUCGGUUCCAAACAAAUGUGCAAAGACGCUUCUAUGGUCAUGCAACUGAAGUUGAGAUCCGCCCUUUGAAUGAGGAGAAAGCUGUUGAAGAUGCUGCUGAUCUUAUUGGGGAACUAUUUGUGUUCUCGGUUGCGGGAGGUGUUGUGGUCUUUGAGGUGCAAAGAAGUGCUAGAUCAGAGGCUAGAAAGGAGGAAUUACGCAGCCAGGAAUUAGAGCCAAUGAGGCAAAAAGAUGAAGAGAUGGCUGGAGAAUUGGAACUUCUUAAGCAUAAAUUUGAAGAGCUUGAACAUCUUGCUAGGGGACGAGGACUAAGUGGUCAUUUCAACUUCAAGCCUCUGGCUACUGAAAAUGUAAAGUCAACAACACCUCACUAAGUAGGUUAUCUGAUCAUGAAUAUUUUAGUUUCACCUGUUACAGGAAAGAUCUGUGAUUUUUGCAUAUGGUUUUUCUUGAGUAAAUAGGGAUUUGUUUCAUUGUCCCGUUUGUAAAUGAAAAUAAACUGAAGCUUGGAAGAAUUUUUAUUUUUUAAUAAACGGAAGUAUUAAACAGCA